AUGUCAUUUGAAUAUUCUCAAGAGAUUAGUAAUGAUUAUGAAAAAUUAUUUGAAAAUAAAAAAGGAUAUGAUGUAAUUAUAUAUGCUGGUGAAAAUGAAAAUUUAAAAGAAAUUCAUGCACAUUCACUCAUUCUACGUACUAGGUCUCAAUAUUUUAAUACAACAUUCUGUAAUAAUUUGGUCAAGAAAGAAAAUGGAAAGUUUAUUUUUAAAAAACCUAACAUUUCUUCAAAUUUAUUUGAAAUUAUUUUAAGAUUCAUUUAUUGUGGAAAAAUUGAUUUGAAAAACUUGCAAGGUCCCGAAAUGUUAAAACUUUCAAUGGUAGCGGAUGAACUUAACGUUCCAACAUUAAUAUUCUGUAUCCAAAAGUAUUUAAUUAAAGAUCAUUAUGAAUUUUUACAAGAAAAUCUUAUGGAUAUUUUUCAAACAUUUUAUCAAAAUGAAUUAUUUAUAAGUUUAUUGAAUUUUUGUUUUAUUGAAAUUGAAAUUAUAUUUGACUCUGAUAAAUUCACCAGUCUAGAAGCACCAUUAUUGGAAUUCCUUUUAAAACAGCAUGAUUUGAAUUUAAGUGAGAUUGAAAUUUGGGAAGGUUUAAUUAAAUGGGGAUUAGCACAAGAUCAAGAACUUAAUAAAGAUGUUUCUAAAUGGAAUCAAGAGGAUUUUAAUAUCUUUAAAAAGAUUCUUAAUAAAUUUAUCCCUUUAAUUAGAUUUUGUGGAAUAUCUAGUGAGGAUUACUUUGAUAAAGUAAAACCUUAUGAAGAAAUUUUACCUAAAGAAUUACGAGAAGAAAUCUCAAAAUUUCACCUAAUUCUCGGAUAUAAACCGUCAUUUAAUCUUUUAUUACCGAGAUAUAGUAUUGAUUCUAAUUUAGCUAUUCGAAAACACUUUACAGUUUUUGCAAGUUGGAUUGAUAAAGAAAGGGGUAAAUUGAAUUACAAGUUUAAUCUUUUAUAUAGAGCUAGUAGAGAUGGUGAUACAGCUGCAGCUUUUCAUGCUAAAUGUGAUAACAAGGGAGCUACUAUAGUUGUAGCAAAAAUUACAAAUUCAGAACAAAUAGUUGGGGGUUAUAAUCCACUUGAAUGGGAUUCAAAUAACUGUAGUAAGUCAACAAAAGAUAGUUUUAUAUUCUCAUUCACAAAUAAGAAUAAUUUUCGGACUGCGAAAGUAGUUUACAGUAAAGAAGAUCAACAUUCUGUACGAUGUUAUGAAUAUUGUGGUCCAUUCUUUGGUUUUGGUGAUUUAUAUACAAAUUAUGCCUUUUCUAAUGUUUGGAAAACUGAAUUUAGAAGGUCUUAUCCUACACUUGAUUUACCUGAUAGUAUGAAUGUUGAUGACUAUGAAGUAUUUCAAGUUAUCAAAAAGUAA